AUGGAAGCUGCGGGCACGUCAAGAGUCACUGAAUUGCAUGAGCUCGAGGAGUUCAGAUAUCUUGCUUUUGAGAGAACAAAAUUGUACAAGGAGAGAAUAAAGAGGUUGCACGACCAGAACAUUAUUGAGAGAAAUUUCAAACCUGGGGACAUGGCAUUGCUAUACAACUCAAGACUACGUCUGUUCCUAAGUAAACUUAAGUCACGAUGGUCUGGACCAUUUCGAGUAGUUGAAAUUUUCCCUUCAGGAGUUGUUGAGAUUGCCAUAGAGAAUGACUCUCGUACAUUCAGAGUCAAUGGUCAAAGAUUGAAGCCAUAUGUGGGCAUGAGCGAGAAAAAGGAAGUGUCUGAGUUGUACUUGACUGAACCACAGAGGUCUAGCGAGCCUUAA